CUUCCAAAAUGCAGAACUUCUUCAAAAUGGGAGGAUAUCACAUACAUGAUUAAGAACACUGCUGCUAACCCACUCAAGCAAGAUAUUUUCAUUUGUUCAGUUUACAUGAUCACUACCUACUAGAAGAGCACUGAGAGUAGAUUAAACAACUGAAGCCCAUUUAUGAGUGUCCUAGCUAAGUUUAACACAAUGCCAGUCAGAUUCCUGAGUCCAAAGAUCAGCACAACUUCUACGAUGUGUGGAAUGGUCUUCUACCUGAUCUGAAUAGAUUCAAAGAUGCAUGUUUAGACCUCAGAAGCAAGUCAUCUCCCAAUAAUACUAAUCUUCCAUCUGCUAUUUUCAAAAUUUCCUCCAUUAAAAAUCGGGAGAAUAUAUUUUACUCCAUUUGUAAUAAAGGAAAGUUAACUUUUUAGUUAAUCUAGUCUCUUAAUUAACCAUCAAAGAAUAUACCAUUGAUAUUACCUUCAUGCAUUAUGGGCUGGUGCUUGUAUCUUGAUUACAAAUGGUCAGCUACAGAUUAACUUUCGUUAUGCCUCAUAGUAGGAUGAUUAAAAUAUCUCAGAUUGGUACCAUAUACUCUGAACUUUAUAUCAUUGCGUUAAAAGUUUCACCUAAAAACUUGAAUAUCCGACUUAUUUUGCUUGAUCCGAACAAACUAAAAGAAACUACCAGUAGUGGAACCUUGUCCAGUUCCAGUCAGACGCUAAAGAUCUCCUAAAUAUUCUCUUCGAAAGUAACCUGAGGAAGGACCACAAAAAGCAGCUCUAUUUCAGGCUGUUUCAGGAGUCAAGAAAGGAAUUAGGCUCAAAGAAGGGGACAUUCCCUCAGGAACAAAAUAAGCACAAUCCAGGGAUAUUUUCAAGGUAGAAAUAAUAUACUCUCUAAGGCAAGAACUCUAAAGCUUCAUUGGUUAGGCUAGCCAGAAGAACUGUCAGAUCCAGGGCGUACAAGAAGAGCAGAAGCAGAU